AUGGCCAAUCAUCACCCAUCGCCGACAAUGGCCAUGCAGCAGCAACAGCAGCAGCAUGGCCCUCCCGGCCCUCCUCCGCCACCGGGCCUGCAGCAGGGCCAGAACUAUGCGCCGUCGCGCCAGAUCCUUCUGAUGAACGAGGCCGUUUGGAUGCAAAUUGGCAGCUUCGCUGAGCUUCUCGGCAACCUCGACGAGGCCAUGAAGGCUUACGACCGGGCGUUACAAGCAAACCCCCAGUCUGUGGCCGCCAUGAAUGCCAUCAGCUUGAUCCUGCGCACACGCGAGGAAUUUCACAAGGCCGUCGACUACCUGCAAGCGAUUCUCAAGAUUGAUAACACCAAUGGCGAGGCUUGGGGUAGCCUUGGCCACUGCUACUUGAUGAUGGACGACUUGCAGCAGGCCUACGCUGCUUACCAGUCUGCUUUGGUUAACUUGAGAAGCCCCAGGGAGCCCAAGCUUUGGUAUGGUAUUGGUAUCCUCUACGACCGUUACGGCUCCCUCGAGCAUGCCGAAGAGGCGUUUUCCCAGGUUAUGCAAAUGCAGCCCGACUUUGAGAAGGCCAACGAAAUCUACUUUCGCCUCGGAAUCAUAUACAAACAGCAACAAAAGUAUGGUCAGAGUCUGGAAUGCUUCAAGUAUAUCGUCAACUCUCCGCCUCCUCCUCUGACCGAGGAAGACAUCUGGUUCCAGAUUGGCCAUGUUCAUGAGCAGCAAAAAGACUAUGACAGCGCCAAGGCUGCUUACCAGCGCGUCCUUGAGCGUGAUCCCAGUCACGCCAAGGUCUUGCAGCAGUUGGGAUGGCUUCACCACCAGCAGAGCAGCAGCUUCCAGAGCCAAGAGCGAGCUAUUGAGUUCUUGGAGAAGUCUGUCGCCGCUGACCAGGGCGACGCGCAAAGCUGGUACCUUCUCGGCCGAUGCUACAUGUCCCAACAAAAGUACCCCAAGGCCUACGAGGCGUACCAACAGGCCGUCUACCGCGAUGGACGUAAUCCCACCUUCUGGUGCUCGAUCGGUGUGUUAUACUACCAGAUCAACCAGUACCGCGACGCACUUGAUGCGUACUCUCGCGCUAUUCGGCUGAACCCCUUCAUCUCCGAGGUGUGGUAUGACCUGGGCACGCUGUACGAAUCUUGUAACAACCAGAUCAGCGAUGCUCUCGACGCGUACCAGCGUGCCGCAGAGCUGGACCCCCAGAACCCUCAUAUCAAGGCCCGCCUGCAACUGCUCAGAAACGGCGGUGCCAAUGGUGGUCAGCCCCCCAGCGCACCUCAGCCCGCGGACGUUCAUCCUCAGGCCUACCAAGUCGGUCCCCCGGCUCCUCAAUGGGGAAGUUCUGCUCCCAGCCAAGGACAGCAGCAAGGCCAGCAGCCUCCACCACCUCCUGGUCCUAACGGCCCGGGUCCCAACGGCUGGGGCAGGCUCGCGGAUAUCAACCCCCCUCCGCAGCCCCCUAACCCGUACGAGCAACGUGGUGAGCCCUUCCGUGGCCCGGCACCCCCUAUGCCGCGACAGCCCAGCCCGAGACAGGAGCAGCAGCAGCAGCAGCAGCAGCAUGGUGGCCGCCCACCCUACCCCGAGUCGGUUCGCAGAGGACCGACCCCUCCUCCGGCGCACUACCAAUCGGGACCGCCGCAACCCUCUCAGCAGACUCACCAAGCGCCGCCGACUUCGGCGCCUCGUAUUCCCAACCCCAACUACUCGCAGCCGUCCUCAGCCCAGAUGCCUCCCAUCCAAGCGGGACCUAACGGCGGGCCUCCCAACCAGCCACCUCAGUUCCGCGGAACGAACAGCCCCCGACCUGGCGAGAGGCCCAUGCAUGACAACCGCAUGCCGUCCCCCAAGUCUGCGUACCCUCAACAUCAGCCUCCGCCACCUCCCCCUUACGGUCACCACCCUGACGGCCCCACUCCCGGUCCCAUGGAGGCCGGUGCGCCGCCUCCACCUCCUCCGGGUAGCAUCGGUGCGGACAGUACAGCGCGCAGCGAGCAUGACCGCCCCCCAUCCGUGGGUCCUAAGCGCAUGCGCGAGUGGGAAGAGGAAUCUUCUCACAAGCGGCCAGCCAAUGACGAGAACCGCGCCAGGCUCGACGAUGUGCGACCGAGGCGUCCGUCGACUCCUCCCGGCUCUCGGGAGCCGUAUCGCCGGAACUCGUCUGAGGCUCGUCGUUUUGACGACCAGCGCCGUGCGGAGGAUCAGCGCCGCGCAGAUGACCAGAGAAGGGCGGACGACAUCCGCAGGGGUGAGGAGCAGCGCCAUGCCAAUGACGGGUACCACCCUUCAGAGGCGGCUCACCACCAGCCAAGCCACCCGAUGCCGCCAAACCACCUCCCUCCUAUGCAGUCGGCUGCGGCGCCGAUGCAGAACAUCCUCCAUGAUGGCGCCCAGAACGGACCCGGACCUGCUCCGGGGCCUGCCCCUGGUGUUAAGGAGUAUCCGGCAGAGGAGAGAGCGCCCAUUGAGCAUGCGCCGGCGGCUCGCCCACCGCAGCCCAGCGAGCCUGAGCGUGCGGCCCGCAAGAUGGAUGUUGACGAAGACUACGAUGACAGCGGAGAGGACGAGAAGAAGGGCGCAGUCGCCGCGACCAACGGCUCAGGCCCUGCUCCCACAUCAGGAGAGACUAAGACGCCGACGAGCGCAAGCAUCAACGGUAUUAUGGGCCCAACCCCCAAGGUUGAGUCGACUUAA